CAGAAAUGCGCAACUUCGCCUCAAAAUUGAAAAACAUUCGCCGUUUCAUCAAAUCUGUUAAUGGUAAAACGACUCGGUUGGAGAUAGCGCGAACAAAUGCGCAAUUAAGUGAUUUUCACCUCUCCAGACGGUCAGAGUGAGUGACUCCCCGAAUCUAUUCGCAGCUGCCGAACUCCCCCCUCCGCUCCGCUCCGGAUUUGGGAAAGAAAAAAAAACACAGCAGCUGUAACGUUAUAAUAAUUUCGGAAAACGCGGCUGGGACAUGCUGUCAGUCGCGGGGAAAUCUGUGCCGAAUCAAAGCCCGAAGAGUCAUGGCUGAGGACUAUUGGGAGAUCGCAGUGGCUUUGGGAUAUUAUUGUUAAGAUUACAAGGGCAUACGGGAUCUCGCGUCUUCGGGGAGAUUGAACAGUGGCUGCCCCUCCGCCCUCCGCAUCUCGCCCCCCACUGCCCCCCCUGAUGGACCGCAUGAGGAAGAUCAAACGGCAGCUGUCCCUCACGCUGCGGGGGGGCAACAGUGGGGACAAGAGCCUGAGCGAGACCAUCAGCUCCCAGGACACAGCUCACAGUGACUCUGACGCCAUGUCAGUGAGGGGCAGUGGCAGUAUGCGGGGCGCAGUGAGGGGCAGUGGCUCAGUGCGCACAGGAAGUUCCUUCAGCAUGCACUCGCUGCUGCAGUCGUACAGCUCCGCCCUGCGCAGACCACGCAGCCUCGGCCGUAGCCUCAGCUCCUAUCUCAACCACACCACACGCCUGGAAAUAGUCCACGAGGAUGUGAAGAUGGGUUCUGAUGGGGAGAGUGACCAGGCCUCGGCCACGUCCUCGGACGAAGUGCACAGUCCCGUCAGGGUCCGACUGAGGAACAACCCCGGACGCAAAAUCUCCACAGAGGACAUAAACAAGCGCCUGUCCCUACCUGCGGACAUCCGACUCCCCGACGGCUACCUGGAGAAGUUCAGUCUGAACAGCCCCAUGUUUGACAAGCCUCUGAGCCGCAGGCUGAGGAGAGUGUCUCUGUCAGAGAUUGGCUUCGGGAAGCUGGAAACGUAUGUGAAGCUGGAUAAACUGGGAGAGGGGACAUACGCCACUGUGUACAAGGGCCGCAGCAAGCUGACGGACAACCUGGUGGCGCUGAAGGAGAUUCGGCUGGAGCACGAAGAGGGGGCCCCCUGCACCGCUAUCCGAGAGGUGUCCCUGCUGAAGGACCUCAAGCAUGCCAACAUCGUGACUCUCCAUGACAUCAUCCACACUCAGAAGUCCCUGACGCUGGUGUUCGAGUACCUGGAUAAAGACCUGAAGCAGUAUCUGGACGACUGCGGCAACUGUAUCCACAUGCACAAUGUCAAGCUCUUCCUGUUCCAGUUGCUGCGUGGGCUUAACUACUGCCACAGGCGGAAAGUCCUCCACAGAGACCUCAAACCCCAGAAUCUGCUCAUCAACGAGCGCGGGGAGCUCAAGCUGGCUGACUUCGGUCUGGCAAGGGCCAAGUCCAUUCCCACAAAGACGUACUCCAAUGAAGUGGUGACGCUCUGGUACCGCCCCCCAGACAUCCUACUAGGCAGCACUGACUACUCCACCCAGAUAGACAUGUGGGGAGUAGGGUGUAUCUUCUAUGAGAUGUCCACAGGCCGUCCGCUCUUCCCCGGCUCCACUGUGGAGGAGGAGCUGCACUUUAUCUUCAAAUUGCUGGGUACACCUACGGAAGAAACCUGGCCUGGAAUCACCUCCAAUGAGGAAUUCAUCUCCUAUAACUACCCUCGCUAUAGACCCGACUGUCUGCAGAACCACACCCCUAGACUGGACAGUGAAGGAGUGGAUCUGCUUUCCAAGUUGCUGCAGUUUGAGGGAAAGAAGCGCAUCUCAGCAGAGGAAGCCAUGCGACACCCCUACUUUCACAGCCUGGGAGAGAGGGUGAUCACACUGCCAGACACUACUUCUAUAUUUGCACUUCAAGACAUUCAGCUGGAGAAGGAGCCAGGAAUACGAAGCAGCUCCUUGUCUGACUCAGUGAACAGCAUAUCCCGGCGCCAGAGCCUGCUCUUCUGAGAGGAGGCGAGGCGGGGCCAGCCAGAGGGCGACAGGCUGACGGACAUUUCCGCGGGCGAUGAAGGGAUACAUAUAUAUUUUGUUGUUGUUGUUUUUUCUUUUUUAUUUUUACAUUUUCAUUUUUGAACUGUGUAAUGGAUCCUGUGGCAUGUAAUGUAAAGAGGGGAUUACUAGCUGUUUACAUGUGAGAUGAGGAAGAGGAGUGGGGCGGUUUUACAGCAAUAGUCACCCCCCUAAACUCCCCCCCCCCCAUAUACAAGUUUACCAUGACAAUCGCACGUUUCCGCCAUCUUUUUCCCCUGCCUUUCAUGCUGAUGCACAGCUCGCAUGCCCUGCAGUCACUGGAGAGAGGGGGCUGCAUCACUCAACUAGGCCUCAGUCCAGAUCAAUCCCCUGACAAACCGGCUCAAUGCAGAUUACAGGCACAAUGACAAAUGCACAAAAUGUGAAAAUUAACAUUUCAAAAUGGGAAAAGGGAGAAGAGACAUUUCUGUAGGCUUACAUCUUGUAACUGUUCAGUGGGCUGAGGUAUUGAUUUGGACCAGGCCUAAGAUGACUCAAUAAUUAUUGAUAUGAGCUACGCCAUGACCUCAGUACUUUGGAAACACAUUGUGAUACCAUAUGUUUUCAAGCAAGAAAAAUGAAAUGCAAUAAUAAUAAUGACAAUAAUAAUUACAAGCAAAAAUUAUAAUGUGUAGAUCAGUGUUGAAUGUAGAGGAAAAACAUGGUGAAAACCUAUGCAGGUACUGUUGAGACAAGAGAAGGUCUAUGAGGGAUUCUUCCUCAAGUCAGUCUUCCUAAGUCCUUUCUCCAUCGGACACUGUUUCUCUGUGCAUCCCUCCUCACGUCCGAAACCAUAGCAACGGUACGUAUGUACUUGCUGAAUGCAGUUGAUUCCAUUGCAGGAUUUUUGGCACAACCCCUUCAUUUUGUUUUUUUAUUUUUUAUUUAUUGUUAGACUGGCACUUCACUGGCCCAUGCAUAAUCUCCUACAUAGCAGUUUGAAACAGAUAUGCAGUCUUGUGUUUUUCUGUUCUUCCUGAGUCUAGAGUCUCGUCUCCCCGCAGACUAGACCUGAGAAACACCUCUACUUGUUUACAAACAGGUUGUACCAAAGACCUGCUAUGGAAUUAUUCUAAACGCUUUUCUUUUCCCAGUAUAUGCAGACAUGCACAUUGCUCCCGUUGAUUUCCCAUGUCGACAUCGGCAUGCAUCACGAAGAACAAAACUGUUAAAUCCCCCCACAGAGACUCUUGGGCAUACAGCGGUACUUUGCCUUUUUUUUUUACCCAGAGAGCAAUGGAGGAGCCGUAAAGGCUCUGAGAUAUAAGUUAAUGCAGUUGUAGGAAAGUCACCCGCAGGGCUGGUGGAGAAGUGUACUGAAAUAAGAGGUGAGGGUGACCUGCUCCCUUUGCAGUAAUGGGACUGUCUGUCAUUCAGAAGGACGCAGCACCGUGGGACUUACCCAGGAGUGCUGGGAUGCCAGGUCACCUCCACCGCUUGACAACACCGGCUUUCAUGGAACAGGGUUGUGGCUGAAAUGUUUCGAAGAGGGGAACAGAGAUGGAGGAGAAAUUGAAAACAACAGUGUGAUGAAUUCACUGAUUUAGCCAAAGUUGUGUACUCUGCUUAAAUGUGUAAAACCUGUAAAAUCCGUUUACAGCAUUAAUAAUCCGUCCAAGUCAAACACGACUGACCGAGGGACCUAUUUUGUCCGAAGGUUUUGGGGUGCCAGAACUCCAUCAGACGAGAACAUUACGAGAACACUGAGUCUGUAAUUGGCUAAUAGUGGAUGGGUCAGAAUAAUUUCUUUUUUUUUUUUUUUGGUUUUAAACGUCAUUUGGAAGUUGAAUUAGUCAUGUGAACUGUGUGUGUCUGAUCGUCAGAACUGGGGAAAUGCAAAAUGCAUGGCAACGAUAUACUGUGGAAGUGUGUGUGGUACAUUGUAAAUAGCCUGAGAAUGCUUAUACCGAGCAGAACAGGGGACUGUGCAAUGAGAGGGGCCUCUUGUCAAUACAUUGUUGUGAAAAUUACCAGAGUACUAUUUUGUUGUUCUGAUUAUCAUUGAUAAUAACAUUGUUUUUGUGUUCUUUUUAUUUUUUUAAGGAGAAAAAAAAGUUGCUUAA